AGGAGUUCCGAGUACUGAUGUUGGUCUGUUGAUAACAGUAUACUGUACCCCCAACCCCCGUGUUGUUCUGUCAUUGCAGGUGAUUUUCAAAGCCAAGUCAAAAUAUUCUCCAGAAUUACUCAAAUACCGGUUGCCCCUCUACCUGGGCUCACUCUUCAUCAGCCUCGUUUUCCUGUUGGUGAAUUUAACCUGUGCGGUGCUGGUGAAGACAGGAAAUUGGGAGAGGAAGGUCAUCGUCUCCGUGCGCGUGGCCAUUAAUGACACGCUCUUUGUGCUGUGUGCCGUCUCCCUCUCCAUCUGUCUCUACAAAAUCUCUAAGAUGUCCUUGGCCAACAUUUACUUGGAGUCAAAGGGCUCCUCUGUGUGUCAAGUGACGGCCAUCGGUGUGACUGUCAUCCUGCUUUACACCUCCCGAGCCUGCUACAACCUGUUCAUCCUGUCGUUUUCCCAAAGCAAGAACGUCCAUUCCUUUGACUACGACUGGUACAAUGUAUCAGACCAGGCGGAUCUGAAGAAUCAGCUCGGAGAUGCGGGGUACGUGGUAUUUGGAGUGGUCCUUUUCGUCUGGGAGCUCUUACCUACCACCUUAGUCGUUUACUUCUUCCGCGUUAGAAACCCUACAAAGGACCUUACCAACCCUGGAAUGGUCCCCAGCCAUGGAUUCAGCCCCAGAUCUUAUUUUUUUGACAACCCUCGAAGAUAUGAUAGUGAUGAUGACCUUGCCUGGAACAUUGCCCCUCAGGGACUUCAGGGAAGCUUUGCUCCAGACUAUUAUGAUUGGGGACAACAAACUAACAGCUUCCUGGCACCAGUGGGAACUUUCCAGCCAGACUCAGUUUUGGACUCUGACAAACCAAGCCAGGGGUAGCACCGGUCAACAAUUUCAUGGAAGAUUCCUCAAGUGAAGAGCUUCAAAGAGAGUAGCUUCAUGACAGCUGAAUUUUUAAGGCACUUUUCCUUAAGAAAUAGGACUUGAUUUUUAAUUGUUACAGGUCUCUGAUGGACUCUAGCACUAAGCAAUAAUUUAGAUUGAUAAAACUUAUUUUAGUACUAAAAAGUGAGCCUGGCUGCCUAUUUCAGUGGGUGUAACUUAAACUUUAAAAGAAAUUCUGUACCUUUAUAAAGAUGUAUUUUAUAUAACUUAAAUAAUACUGCUAAAAUAUAUACUAGGAUUUUGGGGGGAUGUUACUGCACUAUAUAUUUGUAGUUUGCACAGACUUUUAUGCAUAAUUCACUUUAAAAGUAUACAGUACAUGGUCUGAUGGUUGCCUGAGGCUUUUGGACUAAAGCAUUCUUCAGAUCCUUACCUGUUCAGGUCAUGCAGAUGCUGACGGUUGACAUCUAGAAAGACAGUUACGGCUCCAGUGUUACAAUGUAGCAGAGGAUCAACAGACCACAUACGAGGUAACUGGUUCCUUCCUUCCAGUUCCUUAAGGUCCAGACAGUUGUUAUCUCAAACAAUCUCCUAAGUUUUGCCAAAAACGUGGUACUCCUUUCAGCAGGGCGCAGACGUAUACACUUCAGUGGGAAGUGGCUGCGUUGAAAGCAUGCAUCGAGCCACCUUUGCUGCUAACCCUUCCCUGCUGUAUUCAGAAACCCUGCAGAGAUUUUCAGCCCAGUGAGUGCUAGCAUCUCUUACCUCAGUACCUCCCAAAUCACGGACCAGUCAUUACAUUCAAGGAACAAAGGAGGGGUUCUCAAAAGGGGGUGAAUAAUAAAUGCCCUUGAUCCAGAAGACCGUAUGGAGUCCUGAUGGUCUUCCUGGAAUUUCCCACCAUACUUAAAAGAAAGAAUGCCUUGUAUUUUUAAAUAGCUCUGAAGACAGGCUCGUGAGGUAGCAGCUUUAGAACCAGAGUAGUGUCGCAGUAUCCUGUGGCAUCAUUCCUGUCCCUUGCCACGUCAGGACGCAUGGUCCAGACAAGCGCGGCUCCGUCAGCUUCCGCUUCAAUGAAAUCGGCCGGCUCUCCAGCCACGCGUGCGACCCUAAGACCUCCCAGAUCUAUGCAGGUAAAACUGGCUGUGAUAGAAAACUGUCAGGGAGGACAAAAGCUCUUAUUUUCUGUAAAACAGAGAGAAGGUACUAGAGGGAGGACUGUCAGCAGAGAUGCAGUAGCUUCUCUGCCUAGAAAGUCUCAGCUCUCGGGACAGGAGGGGGAGGAGGGGCAGAUGAAGAGACAGUCAUGUUAGUAAAUUCUGCCUUCAUGAUGAAACCCAUUUCCAAUGUCUCCGAUUUCCCGUUUUGGUCUUCAGAAAGGAUUUAUCUCUGGGCAUUGAUUUCACAGAGGUCAAGUCUACUUUUCUUGAUGUAAUUAAGUUUUAAAUGGCUUGUGAUUGGGUUUUUCAUUUGUACAGAUCCCUUUAUCCUACAUAAUCCCACAUAACAGUGUUCUUGCCUCUCAGUAUAUGGAAGAAUUGGGGUCACAUAUCAUUGAAAAUAGUUACUGUCAGGGACAAUUCUAGACUGAAGCACAAUUUGCACGGAUUAUUUGGGUUGCCUUAAAAUAUUUUAAGUUGUUGUUAUUCUAAAUAGCUUUAAGAACACCCUACUUGUCAUGUGGUCUUUGUUACUAAUACUUAGAAGAAUUUAAAGGCAGACCCACCAUACACUUAAAACUUCAAAUCAUGCUUUCAGAAAGUACUUCAAUUCGGUCAUUCAUGGGUAGAUAGAUUUUUUAAAAUACAGUAAUAAAAGAUCACUGAAAUCAUCCAAUUAUUAUACUCAUGAUGUAGCAACACAUUACUGGCAGGAAAAUUGAAAUAACCAGCAUUAAGUGAUAAAAGCCAUAAUCUAUUUUUAUGAUAAAGCUGCUAUUUGAGCUUUUUUAUUGGAAAGGAUAAAAAUGUUCUAAGACCCUAUUUUUCUCUUCUUCCCCUUUUUAAAAAGUUUUGCUAAAGCACAAGUAUUGUAAACACAUCUAGAAUACAAAAAAUAAGAUUGUAUUAAACGGUCUUUCUCUCAUAGUAAGUGACCACAGAUACCCUGUGAAACAUGACAGGUAUGGUAGAUCUGAAAAGGGAAAUUAAAAUUUCUUCAGUUUUCUAAUUGUGUUGUGCUGUUCAAUUAGGUAAACAAAGCUCCUUGGGUGAAAUAUUAAAGGCUCAAAGAAGGCAAAGAAUGGGGAUUACCAGUUGUAAAAUACCCAAAUGUCCUUUAAGGCAACAUAAUGAAAUUGAAACCCUGGGUAUUUGAAAGUUAAAAAUGUAUGGGGAGAGGCGGUGUCACUGAAAAUGUUGUACUAAGUCUGAUUCAACACCAGAGGCCGCACAUGAGCGUUUUGGGCACCUAGUGGAAAUACGCGCAAGAGGCAUCUCCUGCAGGUAACUAAAAAUGCCAACUGAUCUGUGUAGAUAUCUUGCGCUGGCUCUUUUUUCUUUCUACAAUUAACCCAUUUAACUGAGCCACUGAUGACAACGUCCAGCGUAUGUUACCCACGGAGCUAUGAACUGUAAGGAGUUUUUUUGCCUCCUACAGUCUACACAUCAGUGACAGUUAUGCCAGGUCGGUCUGGGAUGUAGCAGGCGUGUUGUUAAAACUAUGCUGGUCACCAUAUUUAGCGGUGUGCACCCAGUAGUGCGUCCCCAAAUAGUCUCUUUUCCCAAAAUCCAAUAGAACUGCUCUUUGUUAAUUCCUUGAACACUUAAUUCCUACUAAGAGGAAAGGAAAGAAGCAUUAAAAAAUCCCAGAGCAUGAAAAGUACUUAGAGAAAAAGGUUCUCAUUUAUAUUUACAUAGAUAUUACCAGAAUAUUUUAAUUUUUUUAGAAUAAUUCUUUUUUAAUCAAAGUAAACUUACCUUAAAAUUAAAUGGGUCUACAUAUCUGAGUUUUUAAGAUUUCCAAAUGAAGAAACUUUGUUUAAAAAAAAAAUCUUCACUUUGGAGUACUUAGUAUGAUAAAAUCUAGACAAGUGUAGGUCUAAUAUGUCUUUCCAUUUUUUGUCCCAGGGGAGAAUUUUAUUUAAAAAAAAAUUUUUUAACUAUACAUAAUACUAUUUAAGACUUCUCAUGGUCCAAGGGAACUGCUGCAAAGGAUCAGGCUAAAGUGGAAUUCUCAUCAAAAACUAUAAAGUGAUCAAAGUGAGGAAACAUUUAAAAAUGAAUGAAGGGAGCGGAGUUCAGUCAGUGUCUACUGAGUGCCUGUUGCCUGCUAGACACUGGGGCGACUCGCUGUUUGCCAGUCUGUGGGUCCAGUCUGUAAACUCAGCCACAGCCUCCUUUCACCCUACUCUAGGCCCCUACUAGGGAUCUAUGGAAAACCCUUGCUCCGGUGGGUCCCAAUGGCGGGAUGCUAAAGCUGUCCCGUGCGGAUUCCCCAUACCUGUCGUGCGGCUCUC